CUUCUUUCUUUCUUUCUUUUUUUCCUUCCCCUUCUUAAGCCUUCAGCAAGGGAGAAAGGGGGAAGCCUCACAGCUAGAAAGCUAAAGGAGAAAACUGUCUGUUAGAGGCUGUCAAAAUCGGGAAGGGAAGGAGGGAGGGCUGAGAAAAUUCAGUACCUCUCUUAACAAAGGCUCUUUUUUUCUCCUGCUGCGCUGUGGGACCGCAGAGCGAGUGCUGACAACGGUGGAGUCUGUGAAAGGGAAACUCUAGCCCAAAGGAGAUUCGGUAGAUGCCAGCUGGAAGAUAGUGAGGGUAUAAGCCCAGUGGAAUAAACAAAAUCAAGUUCACAGUGGUAAAACAAGACCGAGCGCUUAGAAAGGGCGUGCAGAAGACAGUCUCACUUGCACAAAGCGGGGCUGUGGAAAAACUUGAAGAUAUCUGAGGAGAAAUAAAACCUUCUGCUUUCUCUUUCCAGCAACUUCUAUGUUUGCUUCAGAAUUCCUGCUCUCACUGCGCUUUGUGGAAGGAAGCUAAUUUCAAAGACAUCACUUGCUGGUUUUGGGUUGCUCUACCAGCUGAAGUGAAUCAGAAUGCCUCUCAAUGAUGACCAGAGCAGUGAUUCAGAUUCUUCACGUUUCUCUGAAAGCACGGCCUCUUCUAGUGACUCUGAGUAUUCAAGACAGAGCUUUAACAGUGAUUCUUCAAGCAAGCCCAAUUCCCCAGCCUCAAGUCCUCCCAAGGUGGUUACAUUUGACGAACUGAUGGCAGCUGCGAGAAAUCUGACAAAUUUGACUCUAGCUCAUGAAAUUGCUGUAAAUGCAAACUUUUGCAUAAAACAUCAAGACCCUCCACAGAACAGCUUUGCAGGCACAGUGAAGCAAAUUCUACAUAAGGCAUUUUGGGAUUGUUUGGAAUCAGAACUGAAUGAAGAUCCUCCAGAGUAUGAACAUGCUAUCAAGCUCUUUGGAGAAAUUAAGGAGAUUCUUCUUUCCUUUCUGACUCCUGGAGCAAACAGGAUUCAGAAUCAAAUCUGUGAAGUUCUAGAUACAGAUCUUAUAAGACAGCAGGCAGAGCAUAAUGCUGUUGAUAUUCAUGGACUAGCAAACUAUAUCAUCAACACUAUGGGAAAGCUGUGUGCUCCAGUAAGAGAUAAUGACAUAAAACAGUUAAAAGCAACUGACAAUAUCGUAGAAUUAUUGAGACAAAUAUUCCGUGUUCUGGAUCUAAUGAAAAUGGAUAUGGCUAACUAUACAAUUCAAAACCUUAGGCCGUAUCUUCGGCGCAAUUUGGUGGACUAUGAAAGAACAAAGUUCCAGGAAAUCCUUGAAGAAACACCAAGUGCUCUGGAUCUCACAACGGAAUGGAUAAAAGAAUCAAUAGAAGAUGAAUUGUCUUGUAUUUCUGAUGAAUCUUCAUCAUCCCCUGGUGCUGAUAGUAGUUCUAAACCAAAUCUUAGUCCUACGCUGGUGCUAAACAAUGGCUACUUGAAACUGUUACAGUGGGACUAUCACAAAACAAUUCCAGAGACUCUAAUAACAGAUGAAGUUCGUCUUCAGGAGUUGAGAGAAAAGCUAAAUCAAUUAAAAAUCAUAGCUUGUGUGUGUCUCAUAACAAACAAUACGGUGGGUGCAGCAAUUGUCAAUGUGCCAGAGUUUGCUGACCAACUGAAAAGGAUCUCUUUUCCUCUUCUUGAAGGCAUGAACAAGAAAACUUUUGAUUUGAAGGAGGCUCUGAAUGCUAUCAGUCUCCAGAUCUGCAGCCAUGUAAACAUGUCUCUCUCUGAAAGAGGCUUCCCCACUCUUAAUACAGAAGUGCAGGAUAACUUAAUGGGUCAAAUUGCUAGUAUUGUUGAGGAGAACAAUCCUGUCAGUUCCUUAAUUGACAAACGAAUCCAGUUAUUCAUGAAAAGCUUGCUCGCUCUUCCGAGUUCUCAGAAAUGUAUGCCUGCUGUGCCAGGAGGCCUUUCUGUGAUUCAGACAGAGAUGGAAUUCUUUGGAUCUCAGUAUGCAAACAUCGUAAACUUUAAUAAACAAGUGUAUGGACCAUUCUAUGCAAACAUACUUAGGAAACUACUUUUUUCUGAAGCACCAAGGGAGAAAGCAGAAACAGAAGCACCUGCCAAUUGAAAAAUGCGACCUAUUUCUGUACCCUGUUCUUCUCCCUUCAGUCUUUAUUAUAGAGACACUGCGAUCUGAUUUCCCUACUACAAAUAGCCCACUCCAGUGACUAUUAAUGAGGGAAACAGAUCUUGUAAAAUGUAUGCAGAUAAAGUUUCUGAAGACCACUGGAAAGAAAUUAAUUUUUAUUAUAUAUUUUAAUAGACUAAAUCUGCUUAAUGGAUUGUAUCACUUGCAAUAACUAGCAAAAUAUUGACUUCCAAGGCAAGCAUUUAUAAUGACUUGCAGUGGGGAAGAGCUGGCAAAGUACUUACUAUUUUGCCACCCUUAAAACAUAAUCAGUUUUAAAAAACUUAAAUAUAUUUGCAUAUACUGAUGGCAAUUAUGAUGUGACAGAAUAAUUCUAGAUAAAAUUUAUUAUGCUUAUAUUUUCUAGGAUAACACCUAAUAAAACAAUUCUCUUUUCAAAAAAGAUUUUGAAGCAAAAAAUGUAAUGUAGCUUUUGUAACCAAGAAUAAGUUCAUAUUUGGCCAAGUUCUAGUACUCCUGCAACUACUGGAACCAGAACUUAGCCUAUGUUACAUUAAAGAAUGCCAGUAUUAAAGCUGUUUUGAAUACAGCAGUUAUAAAAGAAGAGUUCACUGUUUAAAUUAGGAACUAUUCAGAGCUUGUCAAUUGUAAUUGAGGGAUUAAUGGUGAACUCUAAAGGGGUGGGGAAAAAAAUCAUGGAAAAAAAUAAAUGUCUGUAUGUAAUGUCUGUAAGCCUUUUAUCCAGUGGAGAUCAUACAGAUCUCAGAAGUCUAAUCUACUCUAAUAUGUUAUAUGCUGAUCCUUGAUCUUAACUGGGUAUUAAGUAUUUCUGAGUUAGGGCUUUCAGACCUUUGUUCUCACAAGCACUUAACUUUGAGAGUAAUAUUGCCAAGCAUUACAGAGCAAUUUACCUUUCUAUAGUCUGUUGGAUGAGAGCAUAAACUUUUCCAAGGGUAUUUUGGUACUCCUGGUUCUGAAAACAAGAAUCCAAAUUGUUAAUUUUUCUUGAAAGUCUAAGCACUGUAAGUGAUGAGGUUGACUUUUCACUGGACCUCUGUGGGAAAUACUUCAGCAUUCCCCAAACUCCUUUGGGAUAGGCCCCAAUACUUAGUUCCCAUUUAAGACGACAAGAAUUUUGCAUAUAGAAAACAUCUGAAAUUGAGAAGUAUAUGUAAACUUUCAAAUGUUUACUUCCAUGCUAUACUUUGCAUUGGGAAUAGAUAGUGCUGGAAUACUCUAGUUUAGAUGUGUUCUUGUCUAUGAAAUUGAAUCAUAAUUUACUUGAAAAUUAUCUUUUAAUAUAUUAUCAUACAAUGGUCCUUUUAAAAUGUCAAAUGUAUAAAGUCAUGUGGUACAAGUUAAAUAGCUUGUUUUUAAUAUUUUAUAUUACAGUCUAUUUUUAUUAAGAAACAAAUAUUUACCCAUAAAAGCUUAAUGUGCCACACAGAUUAUGUAUAUAUGCAUUUACUGUGUCUAUCAUAAAGGUCUAAAGAAAAAAAAAAACUGGGCAUUAUUAGCACUGUGGUUUUGUAGUCCCUUUUUACAGAAUUAUGUACCCUUUUUAUUAAGGGAAAUGACUUCUUGUCAGUUGUUGCUCAGAAUGUCCAAGGCCUUUGGCCACAUGUACGUGGUAUGAAAAACUUUCUUCAAAAUAUGUUGCUACCAAAAAAAAGCUCUAGUGCACUUGUGUUCUAUCCCUUGUAAGAAAUGAAAUAUUGCACAAAAUAAAGAUGAAUAUAUACUUUAAGGGGACCUGUUUUUCUUGAAGCCUGAAAAAAUCUGAGAAAGGAACUCCUAGAAUAUACUGAAUGUUCCACUAAGUAGAACAGGUUUGCUCAUAUGAAUAUGAAGUUUUGGUAAGUAAUUCAACAUCAUCAAGAGAAGAAUGCAUUUCAAAAGCAAUUAAGAGGAACUAAAUUGUAAUGAUUUGCUACAUCUUUGGAAAUGGCUAAAGUAUUUUGAGCCUUGGGCUAAAGGAAGCUUUUAUGAACAUUAGAAGAAUACUUUAUUUAUCUCAUAACACCUUAUAUGCGUUCUAGUGUAAAAUGAGUUUGACUAUUGGCUUUUAAUGUAAAUUGUCAUACUAGUUUUUACUAGAAAAUACUUGGAAUGAAGAUUUGUUGUUGGGUUUUAUUUGGUAAUUAAGGCUACUUGCAAAGGGCAUUUGAUACCAUGGCCAAUAUUUCCAGUGACUGUUUAAUGUAUCUUAAUUUUUAUUUAAUGUUUCAAACAGACAUUGUGUCUGUUUAAUGUCUUGUGUUGCAUGCUGUUUACACUAACAUGGCUGAAAUGCACGUGCCUCAAAUUUGAAACUGUCUUUGAUAAACAAAAUGCUAUUUUGUAGCAGCUUUCUUUGAAAUACAAAUACAUGUGAGGUUUUGUAUGCGUUAGAUUUUGUUUGUGAUACAAUUGUGAUAAACUCAUUUAUGCAAGGUGUUUCUUAAAUCUAAUGGAUGUUAAAUGCCAUAAAUGACUGCACAAA